UAGUUUCCACAGACUGACGCGCGGAGAGAGCCUGGGCGCCGCGCGCUCUGUCCAUAUAUGGUCAUCUACGUCACGCAAAUGUUCCAUCCCCCUAUUUAACGCAGGCACACUGGAGUCCCCUAUCCAGCUCCAAUAGAACAAGCAGAGCUGCUCUUGUGCAACCACCACCACCUACUCCAUUGAUUCACAGACUUCAAAUUCCCCCACUAGCAGAUCUGUCAGCUUCCACAGUGGCCACAGUAACAACAGAAGAACCGGAGAGGAGAUACCCGCGCGGGAUACUUGGAUAGCAGCAACAACCCCGGAUCCAUCCCUGCUCCUCUCUCCUCUUUUUCUCUCUUUCCUUUCCCUCCACACCUGUGUUUUCCACUUUGAGAACACACGCUGGUUUUUUUGGUUGUUGUGGUGUGUGUUGAGUCUAACUGCUUGGAUACCUGCGCGCGGUCCGUGUCUAAAUGUCGGACUGACUCGAACUGCUAUGACAGGGAAACUAGCGGAGAAGCUCCCUCUUACGAUGAGCAGUUUAAUAAACACGAUCCCUGACAGUCUGUACCCAGAAGAGGACAUCCCGACGUCCAUGAACAUUUUCACCAGUACGGAAUCUAUUAACCACUAUUCACAAAUGAACACAGAUAAUAUCAUGGAUCUGGGCAUGGGGAGUGAGAAAGCAGCCGCAGAUAUUCAGUAUGGAUCCAGUUUCCAGUCCAACCGCAGCGGGCAGACUGUCACAUAUCUGGGGAAGUUUGCCUUUGACACUCCUCCGUCAGGCGGCAUCGGCGGCUCCGGCUGGUGCUCUGAUAACAACAUCAUCAGUCUGGUGAGCGCCGGGAUACUGGGCGUUUCUCCAUCGCCUGGCACCAUGACGACGCAGACAUCUUCCGCAGCCAGCAUGGGCGGGCAGACGUCAGACAUGGAGCAGGUUUACGGUCCGCCGCUGCCUGCCUACUCCACCUGCAGUGACCUGUACCAGGACCAAGUCUCCUUUCACCACAGCCCGGCCACCAGCACGGCUCUCUCCUACCCCAGCAACGACUAUCACUCCACCUCCAAAGCCUCCAUGGACGGCAGUCUUUUCUCCAUGAUCCCUGACUACAACCUGUUCCACCAUCAGGGGGAGGUCGGUGUGAUGGAGCACAAGCCCUUUCAGUCCAUGGACCCUAUCCGAGUCAACCCUCCGCCCAUCACGCCCCUGGAGACCAUCCGGGCGUUCAAAGACAAGCAGCAGAUUCACCCGGGUUUCAUCGGCGGGCAGCAGCACCCACCCCAGCACCACCAGCCGCCACAGACUCUCACCCUCAAACCCAUCCGGCCGCGGAAGUACCCGAACCGUCCCAGCAAGACCCCCGUCCACGAACGUCCGCACGCCUGUCCGGCGGAGAACUGCGACCGGCGCUUCUCGCGCUCGGACGAGCUCACGCGUCACCUCCGCAUCCACACGGGUCACAAGCCCUUCCAGUGCCGAAUAUGCAUGCGCUCCUUCAGCCGGAGCGACCACCUGACCACGCACAUCCGCACGCACACGGGGGAGAAGCCCUUCUCCUGCGAGUUCUGUGGACGCAAGUUUGCCCGAAGUGACGAGCGAAAGAGACACGCAAAGGUUCACCUGAAACAGAAGGACAAGAAGCCGGCUGACAAGAGCAGCGGGGCGGCUGGGAGCCACAGCUCCCCGCCCAGCUCCUGUGGGGGGCCCACAGUGGGAACGUCAUGACCGUCACUACGUGCACUUGGACAGGACCCUCUCCACGCUCCAUAAAGAGACUUAUAGGGAGAAGGAAUCACGUCCACUUUGAGAUAAAUAAGUGACUCUUUUCCUCUCUUUUUCAUCCCCGGCUCUUUUCCAUUCCUUCUGUUUUGAGAUGGAUGCCUUUAGUUUGAAUAAGAGGAGAAAGGCCGCUACGCCUUUCUUUGUGCAGCAUCUCAGAGCCUCACCUACUGUAACUCAGUGCCAACACACAGAAGGCCAGCAUGGCACAUUCCGUCCACAAGACCACUGUGUAUCUGUAGGUUUUGGUGUGGAUAAAGUUUUUUUAUUUUGUAAAUUUGACUGAGAAUUUCUAAAUUGGAAGGAAGCCAGAGUCCAUCACAACGGGGUCACAAACAUUUACAAUGGAGAUUAGUUAAAGAUGUCUGGGAUGUAUGCAUUAAUUUUAUUAGGCUGUUUAAAAGUGCAAUUGGUUAUAUUUGUGUACCGUCAUGGAUACCUUAUAUUAGUGGCUGUCUUUUUUUUGUUGUUUCUGUUGAGGUGUUGUGUUUUUUGUUGUUGUUUUUUUAUUUGAAUGUUGAUUUCUCAAAAAGAAUGUGCCAAAUGUA